UCGUUGGGGUGGAGCCUGCUGAUGUUUAGACAGUGGGGUGGGCGGAGCAGUGUGCUGAAAGAGCUCAAGGAAGCACACUCAAGUGGACUACAAGAGAGGAACCGUGGAGAGGGAAGAAUCCGAACCUUUUCCCAAGCAGCAGCAGCAGCAGCAGCAGAAACAUGACUUCAGAGACACCGACACCUGAAAGCUCCGGAGCGGCCCAGUCGGGGGCAGCUGCCCCAGCGAGGGGCAACAGGUGUGGUAUGGGAGACCGCCAUAUUCACAGGGACGACGUGAGGCAGAUAUGGAGGGAGUGUCAGUCGGAGAGCUUCUGGUACAGAGCACUCCCUAUCUCCGUGACCAGCAUGGCCAUUACAGGGGCCCUCAUCUACAAAGGCGUUUGGAGUGCUUCAAAACGAUUCGGACCUUUCCCUAAGCUAGCAUUGGCAGGUGUUCUUGGUUUCGCUGUGGGCAAGGCCUCCUAUGCCAGAACGUGCCGAGCGAGGUUUGAGAGUCUUGGGCCCGACUUUGGUCCUGGAUUUAGGCCGGGAUUUGGACCAGGUUUUGGACCUUGGUCUCGGAGACCAGAUUUUGCCCCAGGGCACAGACACUGCCACCAUGUGUGUGAAGAGUGCAAAAGGCAAGAAGCACCAGCGCCAGCUCAGGCACAAGCCCAGCCAGCUCAGAGCUAAGCAACCAUCCUGUCCAAAUGACAGUACUGCUGGGAGUUCACCGAGAGAUUUGUGAGAGAGGAUGAAGACGUGAGAAAAAAGGAGGCUUUGGGCAGAUGGGCGCCAUGGCCAAACAGAGCUUCUGCACUGAUGCCUGAGGAAGAGCGUCUCUGUAUGUUAGGCAUGUAGAGGGACACAGUGUAUUCUGUAUGUUAGGCAUGUAGAGGGACACAGUGGUGUUCUCUGUAUGUUAGGCAUGUAGAGACACAGUGGUGUAUUCUGUAUGUUAGGC